AUGUCCAAGUCCAUGGCCGCUUCGUCCGGUGAUCAGAUCCCACUGCUCGACGAUCUCGAUGAGCCGAUGGACGUGGACGCGGAUGACCCCUCUCAAGGGCUUGCGCCCGAUCAGUUGGUUCCCAUGAUGCUGAGCAGCACAAUCCCGUGGUUUGACAAGGCCACCAAGAAGCCGAAUUUCGUGCGGCACGACUUGAACGACAGAGAACAGCAGAAGACAUUGGAGCGCCACGUGAAAACCAUCAUGGACUACGGCCUGGUCGAGGACAUGCGCGGGGUGCCAUUUGCACAAUUGUCGGAGGGCGACCGGCCCCCGUACCGCCUCUUCGCCCAUGCCCACCUGGCGACUGCAUUCUACAUCGCCUUCCAGAGGAACCCUCGGAACAGCAACGUCCUCGCCACAUUCAAAAAGGGUCUCGCCCGCGUCGUGGUCUUCAAACACUCCACCCCCCCCGACAUCGUCACGUGGAUUCGUGAUUUCGGCAACUUUGAUUUCGGUCAGACAUCAAGCCAGUCGUUCAUUGAAAUCUUGGACUGGGCCGCCAAAGUCAUGGCGGGGUGGCACGCGUACGCGCACGACAACGGCAUCCAGGCUCGGGAGGGCGAUGGGUCCACAAGCAGCCAGUACCGCAUCAAGUGCUGGACGUACGUCAAGGAUCAUUUCAAGGAGCUGGUCUUGCGCGGGACCAUUCCCAACCAGACCGCGCUCGAGCUCUAUAACUUCAUCAACAAAGUAAUUCGUCCACACCCGGGGGGCAAACUUGGCAUCUACGAUUCGAUCAGGAAGUGGGCGAACAAGAAUGCAGUGUUCGGGGACGGCCAGCUCAAGAACGAGACGCUCUUGUCCAGCAUGAAGGUCAUGCUGGGCGCGCUCCAGGACCUGACCAACGAGUCCAAGUUCCACGGUGUCAGCGUCUCGUUCACCAAGAAUGAGGUCAAGCUCCUCGUACUUGAGGUGCCCACAACCAGCAUUGAUGAGAUGCGAGAUGCUGCUGCCGGGCGGGCUGGCGAGGACGAUCGGGCAGUCGUCGACUUGGGAGGUGGCGUCGACGGUGCUCACGCUCAGCAGCUCAAUGCCGAGUACACGAACGUGGCCUGGUACUUGACGACGCCUGCUGUCACCAACAACGCGAUGAAGCUGCUCUUCCUCGACGUCAGCGCUGGGAAGGUGUACAGGGAGGCUGGCAAGAAGAUUGAGAAGUUACAGUCGCUUGCAGGCGCUGUUGCCCAUAAGCAGGAGACUGCGGCCAUUGCCGUGCAGAAGCAGCACGCUCGACCAGCGCCCGCGGACUCGCCGCCGCCUUCGAAGCGCCGUCGCCUGGGCAACAAGACUCCAGACCAGGCCCAGGAGCGAUUGGCCAGGCGCCUCGCUGAACGCCGGGCUGCCACGGCCUCUGACAUCGCCGACGGGCCCGCGCCUCAGGGGGAGAAGGAUGACAGCCAGAAGUCGGUGUCGACUGCUACGCCCGCCGGCGCAGCCAAGCCCAAGAGGAAGAGCUUGCCCAAGUCGCCGAAGGCCGUCCACAUCAAGGACAUCGAGACGGCCCAGAUGUUGACAUCGGCCAAGGAGAAGUCGAUGCCCAUCACCUGGAUAGAGUGCAUGUGGACUGGGAUGUCGGCAGCAGUGGCCGACGCGCUCGGGUCCCGAGCGUUCACCUCCGCAGAUGAGCGGAAUUCCUCAGCUACGACGGCGCGAGUCGACGAGGCAAAGCUCAUGUACAUCCGCCUCGCCUUCCAGUUCGCCUUCAGCGGCGCGGCCGGCCAGGCUGGCCAGGUGGUGCUCCCCAGUGGCAAGAAGAUCACGGGAUGGGCCUCUCUCCGCUCCGAGGCCAAGAAGAUGGUCGCAGAGCACAUUGCCCCCUCUAGCAUGUUCCGCGACGCUGACGACGGCGGCGACGGCGGCGACGAUGGCGCGGGGGCCCUCAACUCGGCGGAACGGUCUAUAGCAGGCGUAUUUGGCAACAAGGGUUUUGUCAAAGUCCUGAGUGACUUCCUGGCCAAUAACAGUUUAGACUCCGAUGUUGCCCACCUGCCCUGCUACGGCGCCCUGCUCUCCACGGCCGCGAGCGCUUUCGACGACCGCAUGAAGGCCCUCCGGGACCCUAAGAACAAGGAGAAACUCUUGGUAAUCAAAGUCACGACGCUGAUGGAAUUCAUCGCCUCCGCACUCAACGCUGGCAACCCCGAGUCAGAGGCCCUGCAGGACAAGUGGUUGCUUUCGUGCAAGCUGGUUGCCAACGUGUGGGCCAAUCCGCAGAAGUACAUCGACUUCGCAGUCCCAGAGGCUGUCAACGAGCUGUUCCAGGAUGUGAGCUCUCUCGAGCAGUUCCUUGAGUGCCGGGGUCAGUGCGUGCUUACGCUCGCUAGUACUCUACUGGGCCGCGGUCUCGCGCGAGGCGCUGUCUGGACCAUCGCCACCGACAAGGGCGUCGUGCAGCUCGCCAAGCCGAUCGUCAAUGCGCUCAUGCGCAUGCUGCAGGACGAGGCGGGUACCAAGUCGGGGCUGGUCUUCAUGGACAUCGAGUGCUCGAGCGUGGGUCUCGCUGCAUGGACUAAAUCGUGGAGCUACGCAUUCGAGACGAUGGCCGCCCGCAUCAUCGACGGCUCGUUCAAGAAUCAGCAAGCUGGUGACCCCCACGUCGUCGACCAGAUUGCCAGCACAGCCAUGACGCUGCACGGCAUCUCGAAGGCUGCCACUGAUGCGCAGCAGCAGUUCGACGAGGACAUUGCUGCGGCUGGCGCCGUCGGCGCUGACUCUACCACAGAUGCCGACGCUGCUGCCAUCCUUGCGAUUGCACCACCGCCAGCCUCCGCCCCCAAAACGGUCACCUUGGGGACGCUGUCCGAGUUGAUUUCGUUCCAAUCAUCGGCCAUCUACGCCGAUGACGAUGCCUUGGUGGGAGAAGCGCUGCGCCAGCUGUUCACGGACGCCGACUACGACGUCCCAGUGUUCUUGGUGCCAGAGUCUGAGGUCACAGCCGCGUAUGUGAACCAGAUAUGCAAGGCCGUUGAGUCCGAGCUGACGAACUUGGCAUACCUCCCGCAAAACGACACGUUCGAUUCGGUGCGGCUUGACGUCGAGAAUCCGAUUGGUACUGGCUCUGGCUCUGGCAAGAAGCUGGUGCCUUCCCUACUCACGACCAAGAAGCUCACGAACGCGUUCAAGAUGUUUUUCACAGGUACGGUCAGCACGAAGCGUGGUGCCCAGUCCUUCCACAUUGCGACCAUCAGCGGCGUGCGAGGUGGUGGAGGUGGUGGGGGCGAUGCCGGCGAUGCCGACGAAGCUGCAGAUGAUGCGGCGGGCGCUAUCGAGGCGGGCUCUGCGCCGACGGAGCAGGGCUCAGAGCUAGCCGCGCCCGCGGCACCUGGGGCGUUGCCAGCGACCGGCGCCGCCGAGGCCGCCGAGGGCGCCGAGGGCCUAGCGCUCGCGAGCGCCGUCCCGGGCGCUCCAAUGCCCGCGGCUGCGGCUGCGCCUGCUUCCUCUGGCAACUCUGGCGGCGCUGCGGAUGCCGCGGAUGCCGCGAGCGCCGAUGGCGCGGGCGCUGCGCAUGCUGACGCGGCGGGCGCCGCAGGCGGCGGCGCGGCCGCGCCUGCGCGCGAUGCUGCGGCUGCCAAGGCUGCCAAGGCUGCCAAGGGCAUGGGCGGCAUGGGCGCCAAGGUCGAGCUGGGGAACGCGGGGGGCGGUCAAUCGACAGCUCCAGGGGCCGCUCGCGCAGUGGAGGCCCCGCCGUCCCACGAGUGGCCCGAGGAGCCCGACGAAGGCAAGAUCCAGAUCCCGAUCUACCUCAACUACAAUGAAGCCAUCCACGGGUUCCACGCCGAGUGCCCAGUGCCCGCCUGGCUCAUUAGGCAUCGGCCCUCGCCGAAGCCGAAGGCCAAGCCAGCGGUCAAGGCCAAAGCCAAGGCCAAGACCAAAGCUGCCACUGCCCCUGCUGCCCCUGCCGCCCCUGACGACGAACCUGAGCCCGCUGUUCCUGCGGCUCGCGCGACCGUCAAGGUCGAGAUGCAGUCGAUCACGUUCAAUCUGCCGCCCUACUUGGAGAUCCACAUGGACGGCGGCGCCUCCGUUGUUGACAAGAUGAUCGUGUGCAGCCCCGUGAUCGUGCCGACUGAGGCAGGUCGUGAUGCGACCCCCCCUUUCGAGCUGAUGCGGGACCCUGGAAUCGGCGAGAUGGCGCCCAAGAAGGCCCCUGCAGCGGCCCGGGAGCCCGCGCCCACGGGAGGCGCUUCGCUUUUCAGCGGUUCGACCAUGCUGGCCGAGAAGGGCCCGCGCGCGCAGUGCGAUCCAGCCGCGGGCCCGCCCAGCCGCCGCGACCGCCUCGAGCGCCUCGAGGCCGGCCUCGAGGGCGGAUCGCGGAGACUGGACCAGGAGGUCCGCGACAAGCUGGGCGAGGCGCUGGCCGCGCGGCCCCAGAAGCCGAAGCCGAAGCCGAGCGCCGGCAAGCCCGCUGCGGCGGGCGGCGGCCUGGUGGAGCCAGAGCAAGAGGCCAGCCUGGAGCGCUUCGUGAAGGAUGCGCUCCACAAGGCGUUGGACAUGGCCGCCGAGCGCGCCACGGCGGAUCGGCGACUGUCGGCUCUGCCCCCAUGGGUGUGCCAGGCACGCGCGAGGUUUCUGGUGGCCGUCUCGGCCCCCCUCGUCGUCCUGGUGCUCCUCAGGAGCGCGGUGGAUUUCGUCGGCUGGCCGAGCGGCGCCUCCUUCAUGGACAUGGAGUCGCCGGCCUUGCCAGACGGGCCGAUCUACACCUGCUGGGACACCGUAUGCACGAGUGCGGGGGAGGAGGGCUUCUGCGAGGGCGCCGUGUACUACGCCCGGAUGUACCAGGGAGAAGGCACCGGCGGGCCAUUCGUGAUGCUGAAGGAUGUGAAGCAGGGGGCGUUCGGCCCCUUCGCUGACCUGGACGCCCACGGGAAGUUCCGGUGCCAGGAGCCGGUUGGCUUCCCACCCGUAGACCACGAUAUGCACUGCAUCUGCGACGGCAACAUGUCGCAGGGUUCAGCGAGGCCUUGCCUGUUUAAGGUGAUCCUUCGAGACGUUGCGAUCAAUGCCGUGAUCGCGGCGUUCGCGAGCUGGCCCGUGGUCAGGUGGUUUUCCAAUUUCGCACUGGCGAGUAUGGAGCACAAGCUCUGGAUACUGCUAGAGCGCAAUUUGAGAGGGUCGUUCGAUAUACAGUUGUUCCAGAAAGCGAUCGACAGUGAGUUCAGCUUCGAGAUGAAUCCUCCGAAGAAGCCGCCGCCGCCGCCGCGGCCUAAAGUGGAGAAGGACGAUGGCGCGUACGAGGUGGAAGGGAAGGACGACGGACAUUUUGAUGAGACGAAGUGA